UAUUCUCUUUUAUAUGCAUACCCUUCUAAAUUUCUCUUUUAUACAUACAAAAUAAAAAAUAGGUCAAAAUAGAGCGCAACUAUGAUGGCUUGCCGACAUAUGUUUCCAUCUGAACAACGAUGCAGCAGCAGGACAGCUCAACUCUAAUGCAUGGCUUCAUUUAAAUACGGCCAACCGGAAUCACCUCGCCGGCAGACCGUUUCCUCCCGCCGGCGUCCAAAUUUUAAAAUCUCACAGCCCGUCGUUACUCUGGUGUCCCAUGCCCAUCCUUCGAAAACUCAGCCAUGCGGCCGGCCUCCUUUCUUCUGAAAAACCAUCUCCUCUUGGGACAUUUCCCAUUGUCAUUCCCUCCAAAAACACGAAGUAAAAAAAAAAACAAGCCACCAACCUUCCUUCUCCAACCUCUUCUCUCCCCACCAUUUCUUAUCGACAUCCCACCACCCCAAACCAGUUCAUUGGCUAACCAAUUCUCCACCUUGCCCAUGGAGAAGAUCCCCACCUGGGUGAUCUCCAUCUCCUUCCCCCUCCUCCUCCUCCUAACCUACUCGGCCAACGCGGAAAAGGAUGAUGUGAAGCUCUCCCUUAUCAGUUUUCUCCGGAAACUCUCCAGUAACAAUUCCCGAACUGAUCUUGAGUUGGGAUGGAAUGCUUCCCUUGAUCCAUGCCUAAAUGGUUGGGCAGGUGUGGAUUGCAAGGAUACAAAUACGGUGCGAAAAAUAGUCCUUGAAGGUCUGGGCCUCGACGGGUCGAUCGAUGCCGGCCUCCUCUGCAAGGCAGAGUCGCUCACAGUUGUGAGCCUCAGAGACAAUGAACUCCAUGGACAGCUCCCGCCCGAGAUCUCCAAUUGUACCGAACUGACCGGUUUGUAUCUCGGCGGGAACCGUCUCUCAGGAAGCCUUCCCACUUCUCUCUCCCUGCUGAGUAAUCUCAAGAGGCUCAACAUCUCCUUCAACAACUUCUCCGGGGAGCUGCCGCCGGACUUGCCCAGGAUAUCAGGCCUAAAAACCUUCCUCGCUCGGAACAACAGCCUCGACGGGACCAUCCCGCAGCUCGACUUCAGCAACCUCAAGGAAUUCGACGUCGCCUACAAUCGCUUCUCCGGUCCGGUCCCUGAAGGCGCCGGCCUAGAAAGCUUAGUGGGCAACGCUGGCUUGUGUGGGGAGCCGCUUCCUGCGGCAUGCCCGCCAGCUCCAUCACCUUCGCCGGGGGAGAAGAAGAAGUCGAAGAAUUUAUCCGCAGACAAGGCCAUUAUGUUUUCUGGCUAUAUUGCUCUUGGUCUCGUCGUCUUACUCUUCUUCACAUACAAGUUGGUCUACAGAAGAAAAGCCGAUGCCAAGAAGGACGGCUCUGAGAAGAAGGCAGCAGACAGCAGUACCAAGAGUUCGAGUGGCUCUAAGACUGCAGCAAGCAGAUCGGAGUACUCCCUUCCUGCGUCGAAUGAGAGCCCUGCGGCGGUGUCAUCGUCGCUGGUGGUUCUGGUGAAUCCAACAACGAAGGAAUUGAAGUUUGAGGACCUGUUGAAGGCCCCUGCCGAGUUGCUAGGGAGAGGAAGAUUUGGCAGCCUUUAUAAGGUGAUGAUUGAUGAUACGACCGCUUUAGCUGUGAAGAGGAUCAAGGAUUGGGCAAUUUCGGCGGAAGAUUUCCGCAAGAGGAUGGAAAGGAUAGACCGAGUGAAGCACCCGAACGUGCUGUCGGCCGUGGCAUUUUAUUGCUCGACGCAGGAGAAGCUGUUGGUCUACGAGUAUCAGAAGAAUGGAAGCCUCUUCAAGCUCCUCCGAGGCAGCCAAAAUGGUCAGGCUUUCGACUGGGGCAGCAGGCUAAGUGCGGCUGGUGGCAUUGCUGAUGGCCUGGCUUUCAUGCACCAAGAGCUCCAUGACUAUGGGAUUGGCCAUGGGAACCUCAAGUCUUCCAAUAUUUUGAUCAAGACUAACAUGGACCCUUGCAUCAGUGAAUAUGGCCUAAUGACCAAAAACAACCACCAAAGCCCCCCCGCUCCAAGCGAUAACAUUCAAGGCUCCAUCCUCAAGGCUGACAUCUAUAACUUCGGAAUCAUUCUUCUCGAGAUGUUGACAGGGAAGGUGACUCAGAACAAUGGGUCCGAGUUAGCUCGAUGGGUGAACUCUGUGGUUAGAGAAGAGUGGACCGUGGAGGUCUUCGACAAGGCUCUCCUCUCCAGUGGAGCAGGCGAGGACCAGAUGGUGCAACUGCUUCAGGUGGCGCUCAAGUGCACAAAUCCCUCCCCUGAUGCUAGGCCAAGCAUGAACCAAGUUGCUACGAUGAUCGAUGCUAUAAAAGAAGAGGACGAGAGGUCUAUAGCCUCCGAAGCUUAAUGCAGAAAGAUUGAUCUGAGGGACGGCAUUCAUUAUAUGAGCAUUAUUUCUUCCUUUUCCUCCUGAGAAAGAAGGGUGGGAGCAUCAGAAGAGCAUUAUAAUCUCCAAAAUAUGCUGCCGGUUGGUAACGAGCUUAUGAGCAUUCCGAAGCUUCAUAUAUAUUGGCCUUCGAAAAUUUACCGAUGUUUAGUUCGUUACUGUCGUAGAACAUACAUCUCUUCAACCUUAAUUACUUUAUAAAUGUUGCAGUUAGUUUGUCUAAUGAUAGUACCAAUUGUUUUAUUUA